AUGGUUAGGUGUAAGGUGGUCGAGAUACGAUGGCAUGACAUGACGUAGGUCGACUCGACUCUUCCCCUCUCUUCGCUCAUGCCCUGACAUCUGCCUUGACCACUUAUCUUCCCCGCCCACAGCCCCAUCUUCUCGGCAGACUUUCAUCAGUUGCCGCCAGAUCAACACCGCAAGCCGACGCACGGGUAUGCACACACGAUCUCAUCCUCAAAUGAGGCUUUUAAGGUUGCGCAAGGGGACGUCGACUCAGCGGGGAGUCCAGAGCAGACCCGAGCCUCGGUCGGCCAGAAGAUGUGGAGACUGGCCACCUGCGGCGGCGACAAGCAUGUCAGGGUCAGUCCACUUGCUAAGGGGUCCUUUUCCGCUUUGUCUUGGGGCGGUGGUAUGCCAAGAUCGCUCGGUCCGGUCUGGACACAGCGGCACGCGUAGCUGCUCGACGGCUAGGCAAUUUGCGGGUCCCACCCCUCCUCGGCCCUGACUAAACGUAGCUGAAGCUGACUACGAUGUGCGUUAAUAUUGGGUAACCAGCUCUGGCUCGUCAAGCCACACCCAGCCUCUCCCCCGCCACCAGUCUCGUUUGUUGCGUCAAGUCCCAGGCCUAGUGUAGUUGCAUCGACGGCAGCACCGGAACCCAGCGUUGAAUACUUGGCGACGCUACGAAGGCAUACUGCCGCGGUGAAUGUGGUCCGUUUCAAUCCAAAAGGUCGGUGAAUACGAAUUUUGGGCCGCUAUGGAGGCGUGUUGUUUUGAAGGAAGUUUGGGCACUGAAUAGUCGAUGCGGGCCGCACAGGAGAAAUGUUAGCAUCUGCGUCGGAUGGUACGUCCCCCGACAAAACGUAAACUAUUGGUACCGAGCUGAGCCCCCUCCCUUUAUAACUGGCUUGAAUGCAGACGGAAACAUCAUAUUCUGGGUACCUGGGGCGCCGACCAAAAUGAUCGGGGAUACUGAAGAGGACACGGUGUUCGAACGCGAGCAGUGGCGUGCGGCGUCCUACGGUCGGUGA